UAUGGAUUUAUGAAAAGUUUUGCCGUUUUGCUGUAAAUAAUGCAGCAUUUUUGUAGCGUCUCAGAUUCACGCAUGCUUACUUUGCUUGCUCGGUUCGCGUACCCUACUCCGUGACCAUCUCCACUCUGCUCUCAUGUACGCUCUAGCACGAUUCGAUGUCUGGAUUAGCAUUAGCUCAUCCCCAGUCUCGAAUCAUGUAUCCAAGCACGCACCUCCAACCCUUUCUUCUAAUUGAACAAUUUUGAAGUCUACGGCGCUAUCGAUACUGAAGAUGUCACCACUUGAUACAUAUAUUCUCAUACACAUUGAGAUUAUUAACAUGGUAGAAUCUGGGGAUCCGAGGUUACUGCGACUGAUGACAUCUGACACAACGCUAAGUAAGACACAGUGAGUUCUCACUGGACUCAAAUGUGGUGGAACUUGGCCAGAACUCGGUGGUCCGAUUUAUCCUUCACAUGCGCGUUCCUAAUCUCACCAGUCGAGAAUUCAUACCAGCCUCGAGCAAGUGUGGGAGAAGUUACACCGACGCAUGGUCCCCUAGAUCACAGGAGAAGGGGCACGUAAAUACUUGAACCGGCAACAUCCAAUCAACUUCCUCCAAGUACACUCGUCCCACACUUGUUCAACAACUCAACAACCAGCCAGACAAUCAGCCAGCCAAGAUGUUGUCCGCCAUAUCGAAACUCGUGACGCCACUGUCAUUCUCACUCACGAGCCCAGAAACCGUGAACACGUCCCCAUCAGUCUUGAACAAGGUAGAGGAAUUCAUCAUGACAUCGCAGCUCCAGUCUUGUCAUAAACCUGGCGCGAUUCGGAAUCACUUGCCGGAUGUUGCUACAGCCUAAAAAGGGGCCUUGCAUCAGAGCCAGCAAGUCUGUGCCGGAACGUUUUGUCAAGAUCAUGACGAACUGAGAGUUCUAAACAAUUAAUUCAUACGAUUAAACUUAGCAGACAUCAUCCUUUACUAGGAUCCCGCGAUCUCAUUCUCGUUUCCAUCCGGGAGAGCCACUAUUUCAACCAGUAUUCCCAAUUCGCUGCAGUGAUUAACCCCCCACAACUUGGCGGAAAUUUUGGAAUCAUCAAAAGCUGUAAGCGAUCCUCAAAUGUGUCUGCAUAUCAACGGACAUCUUGCGAACUUGAU